CUUGACACUGAAUCUCUAGAAAUCUUUGCACUCAAAAACUUAAACGUUGUGCUAAUGUCCACUUUAGUCACUCACUUUAUGAUAAUGUUUUAUUACCAUGGAAUUGAAGUAAAUGUUUUAUUGCACGACUAGAAAGUGCAAAUACAAUAACCAGCAAGAACGGAAGAUAAAAGACACCGAAAUUUCCUGGAGACGAAAACUAAGCACUCCCCGUCUCUCUCUCUUUCUCACGUCUCUGUGUAACAAUGGCGGCCAUAUUAGAGCCACCGUUUUCGAGCCUAGCAUUCUCUUCCAAUUCUCACUCAUCACAAUCGCUUCAUAGUCUCAAUUCGGUCCAAAAAUUAUCUCAGAAACCCAAUUUCGUCCCCAUUCACUCUCCAACCUACAACACUGUCACCACCACUACUUGUUAUGCGAAAAACCUCGACCCGCCAUCACCACUACCAUCACCACUACCUCCACAAAACCCUAACUUCAACCCCGACAUUUCCCUGGAUGAAACCGGAGACCGCCGCAAAGUGGUCAGACUCGCCUGGGAGAAGUUGGUCCGCUGGUCCCGUUCUUGGCGCUCUAAGAAAAAGACCGACGUUCUUGAACAAACCAACAAGGUGGUGGUGCUUGGAGGUGGAUCUUUUGGGACAGCAAUGGCUGCCCAUGUUGCAGGUAGAAAAGCUCAACUGGAAGUUAUCAUGCUUGUACGUGAUCCUCAAGUUUGUCGAUCUAUUAAUGAGAGCCAUUUUAAUUGUAAGUAUUUCCCAGAACACAAGCUACCGCAAAAUGUCACUGCAACAACCGAUGCCAAAACUGCUUUGCUCGGUGCAGACUUUUGCCUCCAUGCUGUACCUGUGCAGUUCACCUCGCCUUUUGUGGAGAGCAUUGCGAAUUAUGUUGAUCCGGGCUUGCCAUUCAUAUCCCUAAGUAAAGGUUUAGAGCUCAAUACAUUAAGGAUGAUGUCUCAGAUAAUUCCCCAAGCACUGAGGAACCCCCGCCAGCCUUAUGUUGUACUAUCAGGACCUUCAUUUGCAUUGGAAUUGAUAAACAAGUUGCCAACAGCGAUGGUGGUGGCAUCAAAGGAUAAAAAACUGUCAAAUGCAGUUCAGCAGCUUUUAGCUUCUAGAAAUCUGAGAAUCAACACAUCAAGUGAUGUUACAGGGGUGGAAAUUGCAGGUGCACUAAAGAAUGUACUCGCAAUAGCAGCAGGAAUUGUUGAAGGGAUGCAUCUUGGUAAUAAUUGUAUGGCUGCUCUUAUUGCACAGGGCUGUUCUGAAAUACGAUGGUUAGCAACAAAGAUGGGUGCCAAGUCGACAACAAUAACUGGUUUAUCAGGAACCGGAGAUAUUAUGCUUACAUGUUUUGUGAAUCUUUCAAGAAAUAGAACAGUUGGAGUUCGGCUUGGAUCAGGAGAAAAGCUGGAUGAUAUACUAAGUUCCAUGAAUCAGGUGGCUGAAGGUGUAUCAACAGCUGGAGCUGUGAUUGCUUUGGCCCAGAAAUAUAAUGUCAAAAUGCCAGUUUUGACGGCAGUUGCUCGGAUAAUUGAUAAUGAACUUACCCCGAAGAAAGCUGUUUUUGAGUUGAUGAGACUCCCUCAGGUUGAAGAAGUUUGAUAGAAGAUGAUCCCUCCGAGGUGAUUUUCUCUAGUUACAAGCCAAGUUAUCAAUGGACUGUGCACCAAGCUGCAUCAACAAAAAUACAAACAGAUGUAAACAUACAGAUUUUUUUUUUUGGUCCCCCAAAGCAUGUAAUCUUUGCACUCUCCUAAAGUUGUUUAGAGAACAAAUGUAUAAAUUGGAGAUUUUGUAAUUUGAUCUGUAUAGGGAACUUUGAAUUUUGGUAAUCGUGAUAUCAAGCUGGUGUCAUCUUUGAUCACUGAUGAUUCUUUGUUGUAAUGACAAGUCCAGGUAUGUGGUAAUUUUUUCCCCUUUUCGAUUAAACAUAUAGUGGUGUCCUGUUCAGUCAUAAGCGGUCUAAUACACCAACCUUGUUCUGUCAUCAA